AUGGAUUUCUCCAUUUCCCAGUUCACUGGGGAAGCGGGCAUCUCGGAGGCUAAGGCGUCGCCGCUGGCGUUGGUGAAGAAUGAUUUUGCUGACACUGAUGUCAGUAUUAGCUAUGCGUCUACCACGGAGACUGCCGAGAUCUUUCAACACCUACCCACUAAUAUGUAUGCCAAUAUUGUCUCUGGUUACCCCCGAUCUGAGGCCUAUUCUAGUACCUGUUUCCCCUAUGCUCAUGUUAAUCCCGUCAUGACGACAGCCUCGGGUGGAAUGCCUUUUUUUCCCUACGUUGGAACAAUUGAUCAGCAGUCAUUGCAUUCACAACAUCAUCAACAAGAGGUGGAGGAGGAGCGUCUGAAAUCUACCUGUUCCACCAGCCAGAUGCCUGCUGGGACGGAAAGCGAGCAGAACUGUUACUAUUCUACUGAAACACAAGAAUAUGCCACAGAGGACGAACAAAUAACAAACGUAAAUGAAGCUUACAAGUAUGAGACCCUAAACAACUUUAAAGAUACUGACGAGGAGGAAGAGGUUCUUGAAACUCGCCUAGAUGAAGCCUUGCCUGAUUGGGCAACGAGUUCGACAAUGAUGAACACGUCUACAGAGGGCAUGGUGCAGUCUGCCGAGGUUUCAAGGACCUCCACGAAUCAGACUUACACUUCAGCAACUGAACACGAGGGCCUUUUGGACUGCUCUAAUCGCAGCUCCGAUUCCAAGACCUAUGACGAGACUGGAGGUGACUACUGCUCCACAGACCAAAGUUUGAGCGUCUCCCAGGAUCAGCAACACCAGAUCCAAAAUACCGAUCCCUCCUUUCAAGAGUCAUCGGCGGUCUACAUGACUUCCGAAAUGCCGAUUGCAGAAAAUCAGCAGCCUAACUAUCCACCGAACGUGACCUGCGCUCAGUCAAGUCUAAUGCCCCCAAUGUUUCCCUACCAGUACCUCUCUUCCGGUUUCACAGGUGAUCAAAACACCUCACCAAUGGAGGGAAUUGUCUCGCAAAACUUUGUAUUCAGUAAUCAAAGCGCCUCAACUAUUAAUCCCUACACCGGGGAGUUGGCCAAUCCUCAUGCUCUGAGAAUGUCCUCCGAGGCAAUGGAAAGCUCUAUCGAUAAGGCUCUCUUCACCCACUCGGCGGGGCCGGUGGAUUCAUGGACAGGCUUUCAGAAGGGAAUGGUAGCGAAUGCCCUAGCCUCUCAAAGUCACAAUGAUCUUCAACUCGGUCAGAUGUCGGAUAGCGAGGAGUUGAACACCAAGGAGUUGGCACAGAGGGUGAGUGCUGAGCUGAAACGCUACAGCAUUCCACAAGCGGUGUUUGCGCAAAGGGUGCUCUGUCGAAGUCAGGGAACUCUGUCAGACCUACUCAGGAAUCCGAAACCCUGGAGUAAACUGAAAUCAGGGCGAGAGACCUUCAGACGCAUGUGGAAGUGGCUUCAAGAGCCAGAAUAUCAGCGGAUGUCGGCGCUUCGGUUGGCUGGAAAGUAUCUGCAAAAUUCAACAAGCAAACGAAAGGAUCAUGAGAUUAUGCCUGGUGUAGGGAAUGAAGAAAUUCGAGUUAUUAAAAAGCCACGUCUCGUCUUCACCGACAUUCAACGUCGCACUCUUCACGCCAUCUUCAAGGAGACCAAACGUCCCAGCAAGGAGAUGCAGGCAACAAUUGCACAUCAAUUGGGUCUGGAGAUCUCCACGGUUGCCAACUUCUUCAUGAACGCGAGACGACGCUCCCUAGAGAAAUGGCAAGACGGUGGAGACAGCAAAAACUCAUCCAUCAUUGAUUCUUCAUCACCCCAGUCUUCUGCAGAUCCCUCUGAAAGCCUUGCUGCGAGCAACGAGGACGCCACAUCAAUUGCACACCUCAGUGGUUCCGCCUACGCUCAGUCUGGAAUCACGGCUGCCAGUUACCCCAGUACUGAUCAGACCUCGAUGUAUGCCGCAGUCUCCGUGGUUUCGUGUCAGGCUUCGAAUCAGAUGUAUGUGCAGCAGCCGGAUUACACCUUCGCUUCGAGUCAGCAGAACUUUCUGCCAACUCAGAGGGAGCAGAGGAUCCAUCCAUACGCGAAGACGCGAGGUCCCAGCACCUUCCAGUCGCAGUACUUCACGCACUAUCAACAAGAGCAGCAACCACCACUGUCUUCACCGCCACCGCCACCACCACAAGUGGUGGUUCAACGUCUACCCCGACAGCCUCAACCCCCAAUACCACAUCAACAACAGUCGAGCUCUCUCUUUGAUCUACGUCGUCUUGCAUCGGCGUCACAACUGGAUCCACGUUUUCUAGCUACCGCAACAGAGCUGAGUGCGAGCCAUCAGUCACUACGCGACCAAGCCCUCGAAAUCUGUUCCAACAUGGCUGCAGCAGCGGCAGCUGCAGCCGCCAACGCCAAGUUCAACACGGUUGCCAGUUCCACCGAAAGGCAAUUCUUGAAGCAAGAGGCGGAGACGGUGGUGGAACAGGAGGAGGAGUACCUUGCCGAACGUGGUAAAGGGAUGCCUCGUGAUAAUUUAACUGAGAGACGAGAGUAUGAAAAAAUUAGCAGUAUAGAUAAGACAAAGGCUACAGCGGUUACUCCAGCUUUGGAUUUAACACAAGAAAAUGCCUGUAGCGCUUUGGAAGAACUCGAGGUAGAUGAGACCGAAUUCCGCCAAGAUCCAAACUCUUUUACUGACGCUGACAUUCAAAAGAUGAAUGUUGUGGAUGCCAAUGCUAAGAAUAAGGUAUUGGAGGAAGCUCUGCGAGGCAAACAGGAGAUGCUUCAACGUAUUAUUGCAGAACGUGAUGCCACCUGCAAGGAGAAGUCUACACUUACUCUGCGUCUUCAGGUGGCAGAAGAUCAGCUUCGAGAUGUGGAGCACAAACUCAACAGUCGAGUUCUCGGUGUCGAGAUGGAAAAAGCUUGCCUCACAAAAACUCUCGAGGGUGUACGUGCUGUCGCCGAGACAGCGGAUGAAAUUAGCUCUCAAAUUCAAAGAACUCUUUGUGAUGCCGGUGUGACAAUGCCUCAACACCUGCCAUCUAGCAAUUCACCCACCUCACUCAUUCAAAAGUUGAUUGACCACACAAGUCAGCUUUUAGGAGAAUUUCAAAAACUUUCCAAACAGAGAGAUGCCUUUAGGAGUGAAAUAUCUAGACGAGAAGCGGAUGAGGCCAAGUCCCAUCGGAUGAAGGAAUUUUUGCAUCAUGAAAUAGAUCGGUAUGCCAAAGAAUGUCGACGACUUUCAAGGGAGUUGGAGGGAAGACAAUGGUUAUCGACAACAAUUGAAUUAGAAAAUGAAGAUUUCCCGGCGACUCCAACCCGUCAUAUGGAACGGGCUGAUUUGGUAUUAGAGACUGACGUUGUCCUAUUGCACUGA